GACGCGGCGGUUUAUUGUGGAGGAAGCAGAAUCAUAAAGGUGUGUGACGUCACAUCCUCUGCCAACGGGUCACAGGAAAUAACAGAAACAGGUAUUCCCAGCUCUCUGCUCACUUUCCGGAGGCCAUGAGCUCCAAGCCUGAUGACGUCUUCUCCCUGACCAAAGAGGAGGAAGCAAGCGGGGUGACCGGCAGGAUAUAUAUUCCGAAGAUCAUCUCCCAGGGCCCAGCGAAGGAAUGGAUAGAGAGGCGCAGGCUCACCAUUCGACCCUGGGCCUCCUUCAUCGACCAGAAACGUUUCUCCCGGCCGAAGAACUUUGGCGAGAUGUGCAAGCGGCUGGUGAAGAACGUGGAGUACUUCCAGAGCAACUACGUGUUUGUGUUCCUGGGCCUGAUCGUGUACUGUGUGAUCACCUCUCCGAUGCUGCUCAUCGCCCUGGUGGUGUUUUUCGGAGCUUGUUACAUUGUUCACCUGCGGGCCUCCCAGUCUCGCCUUGUCCUGUUCGGUAAGUGCCCAUCCAGAUGCUUCGUCAGCGUCGAGUAGCUGCCUGCACCACCC